UCCGCGUCCCCCGGCUCUCCCCGUUUUCCCUUCUGUCUGGGAGAAUCGGUUUUUUUUUUAUGUCCCUUCUUAUUGUUAAUAUCGCUUUAUUAUUAUUAUUAUUUAUAAGCGCUCUUAUUUAUCGUUCCUCUUAUUUCCCUUUCCAUCUCCUCUCCCGGGACGCGCAGCCGGCCGUCCUUUCUCCUCCGGCCCCCAGCCCCGCUCUCUCCGUUCCCCGCAAUCCGACGCGGGGCUCUCCGAGAUGAACCUCAACUUCACCUCGCCGGUUCACCCGGUCCCCGCGCCCCGACCCACCUCCUUCUUCAUCGAGGACAUCCUGCUGCACAAGCCCAAGCCCCUGCGGGAGGUUCCAGCCGAGCACUUCGCCGGCUCCUUGGCCUCCCGCGUCCCGCUCUUGGACUAUGGCUACCCCCUGAUGCCCGCCCCGACGCUGCUGGCUCCACACCCGCACCCGGCCCUGCACAAACCGGAGCACCAUCACCACCACCACCCCUACUUCCUCACCACCUCGGGAGUGCCGGUGCCGGCUCUGUUCCCGCACCACGCUCACGCCGAGCUGCCCGGCAAGCACUGCCGCCGUCGCAAAGCCCGCACCGUCUUCUCCGACUCGCAGCUCUCCGGUUUGGAGAAACGCUUCGAGAUCCAGCGUUAUCUCUCCACGCCAGAACGGGUGGAGUUGGCCACGGCGCUCAGCCUCUCCGAGACGCAGGUGAAAACCUGGUUCCAGAACCGGCGGAUGAAACACAAAAAACAGCUGCGGAAAAGCCAGGACGACCCAAAACACGAGGAGAACCGCGAGCAAAGCUCCCCCGAGCCCGAGCUUCCCGAGCCGGCCGCAGCUGAGCCCCGAAAAGUCCCCCCCGGCUCCUUCCUGCUGCAGGACCCCGAGGACGAGGUGGACAUCCUGGAGGACGGGGAUAUCCUCGCCGCCCCGCACCGCCUUUAGGAGCUCUUAGGGCAGCGUUGCGCAUCCCUACAGCUCUCCCCCAAGCCCGCGUUCUGCCGGGGUGCCAAGGUUUGGUGUCGGUACGGAGGGAAACAAAAUCCCCCGGGUUCCUUUCGCCCCUUUGGCUUCAUCCCAGCAUCACCCCAAGCCUGAACUUUGCUUGGAAAUCCAGCGAGGGAGAGCCAAACAAAAACAAAUAGAACCAAACCAACCAACGAGCAUUUUCCUGUAAGUUCUCCCUUCCCUUUGAAACAUCGGACUUUUCUCUAUUCCCCGAAGUCCCCUCGGUUUUCAAUAAAGGUGUUCCGUGGCUGCGUGGUGUGGUUACUGAACGGGUGUGCUGAGAGCGGCCGAUGGGGCGGGGGGCAUCGCUCAGCUGAUUCCCAUCUGGGAAAGGGGAGCAGCAGGAAUAACUCCAGCCCUGCAGGGCUGCACGGAGAGAAUCGCCCCGGCUGUUUGCAGCCUCGAUUCCUCCGCAGCUCCAGGUGAGGGAAACCUGCAGGCUUCCCCUGCACGACUUUCUCGUUUCCUCUCCUCUUGCAACAGCCUCUGAGCUCCGCGCUGCAGCCGCCAUCCGCGCUCGUUUCUCCUUUCCCUUUCUGCCGGGGAAACGGGUUUAAUUCCCAGGUAACCAAAGAUUUAUUCUUUUAUUUUCCCUCGGAUGAGUUGGGCCGGGGCACAGUGGGGGCUCCGCGUGUGCCGGGCUGCCCUCAGCACAGCCCUGGGGCAGAGGUUCUCUCUUCACUACUCCUUAUUUUUUUCUCUUUAAUCUCUUAACGAGAAAGAGAUGCGGGAUUUUUUUUUGGUGCCGCCGGCACUUCUUGCGGUAUUUUGGAUCACAGGCCGUGCGGGUUUGUGCAGGGAAACUCUGACCCUGGUUAAUACAUGAAAUAGAGGCUGACACACCUGCGUGCUUCCUUCCUUCCCGUGGAUUUCCCUUGGUGGUUUUUCCAUGUAAAAUAAUAAAGGAGGGGGGAAAAUAACACUCAGCUUUCGGGAUGGAUAAUAGCUAGGUGUCUUUUGCCUUGUAUUUAGAAAUAAUUCAGAUGGCUGUUUUUAUCUAUCUGUAAAUGCACUGCGGUGCCACGCAUCUCCAUCACACUUCAAAGAAUGCAGCAGCUCCACCUGAGCGCUUUCCCCCCGCAGCCCUUAAAGCUUCGGAUUCGGAUGU